AUGUCUCAACCACUAUCCUCACCACAAAAACUUUUAAAACUCCUAAAGACUCGAACAAUGUCCUCAACAAAUACUUCACACAGCAACCAGCGUGCAAGCAAGCCUAUCACCACCAUCUACGUUGGAAACCUCAGCUACCAAGUUACCGAAGGAGACCUGACCGAGCACUUCAGUGCCUCUGGCACCAUCGAAUCCUGCCGAAUAGUCAAACAAAGAUUUGGCUUUGUCGAAUUCACCACUGAAAGAGCAGCUCGCAGAGCCAUCGACUCCUUUGAUGACUCAAGGUUCUUCGGCCGAAGAAUCAGAGUCGAAUGGUGCAAGACCAAGGGCAACAAGUGCUACAGAUGCGGAAGAGAAGGCCACUUUGCCCAAGACUGUAGAGAAGAAGCUCCCAGAAGAAGCUACAAAGGCAAGUGAUUUCUGUGUAAUGAGACAGGCCAUAAGAAGAAAGACUGCCCAACCAAGAGAAGAGAUACAGGCAGAAGGAAGAUCAAGAGAAGAAGAAGAUAUGAUAGUUAUAGCAGUAGCAGUGAGAGCAGCCUCAGCAGCAGAUCUGAAAGCAGGGAUUAUGACACCAGGAGGAGGAAGAGAGGUAGAGGAAGAAGCAGGGAUAAGAGAAGAAGUCACUAUGAGAGAAGCAGAAGUCGAUCUUAUAGAAGAAGAAGUCCAUCUUAUAGGAGAAGAAGUCCAACCGAUAGGAGGAAAAAAAGAAGAACUCCUGAGAAGAGAAGAAGUAGAUCUCCUUCAAAAGUGAUCUCGAAAGAAAUUCAAGAGAGACUCAGAAGCAGGUCUAAAUCUAAGGACAAAAAGUUCAGUGAAAUGAACAAAAGAGACAGCUUUACUCCUCCAAAAAGAGAUGACCCAAAAAUCAGUAGAAAAAUGUCAAAUUCUCCUCCAAAAAUGAAUGGCAAACUCGACAACAAAGCUUCACCUAAAAAGAAAAAGAAUCCUAGCAAUUGGGGAGAUUCUCAGUGGGACGAUAAAUUCGCUAAACCCGAGAAUGAAGAUCCAGUAAAACCAAAAGAACCAGAACAAAAAACAAGUAUGAACCCUCAACCUCCAGCAAAGGAACCAACUGAACUAAAAGUUGAUUCUAAAAAGCUUGAGUCAAAGCCGGAUAAGAAGCAGAAAUCCAGAGAAAGCAGGAGCAAAUCAAAAAGUCUAAGUUCAAGAAGUUCAAGAAGUUCAAGAAGUUCAAGAAGUUCCAGAGGUUCCAGGAGCUCCAGAAGCUCCAGAAGAACUGAUCGCAGAAAAGGUAGAGAAAAAAGGAUCAAUUCUAGAAGUAGUUCCAGUACUAUUUCUAGAAGAGACUCAAGAAGCUCAUCCCGAGGUAAACGAAGCAGAAGAGAUAGAUCCAAUAGGAAACAACGAAGCAAGGCACACUCCCGAUCAAGAGAUAGCAGAAGGAGGAGCAAAAAGAGCAAGAGAAGAAACAGAAGAAAGUCCAGAAGAUCUUAUAGCUCCUCCAGCAUGGAGUCCUCACCAAGAAGAGGAAGAAAAUCAAGCACAACCAGUUAUUCACUCUCUCCUCAGUUGAGAAAAAGAGACAGGAAAGAUGCGGAGAAACAUGAAGAAGAGAACCACCAUAGAAAAUCUCUGAAAGAUUCUAAUGAUUCAAAGGGCUCUUCAGCAUGUAAUCCAAGUGUAUCCCAAAGCAAGAAUCACACGAAAGGUAAAGACAUGAAUCCUUCACAGGAUACAGGCAAGCCUAGUCUAGCAUCAAGGAUUUACGGAGUAAAGAAAGAAGCCCACGAUCAGAGUCAAACAGCUGCUCACAUUAAGGAAGGGUAUCAAGAGUCCAGAAAAGUAGCAACAAAGGAUCUUAAAAGCCGUUCUAAGGCUUAAUCCUAACGUUUAGCAUUUUUCAGUCGGAAAAAAGAUUAAUUUAAU